GUCGCCGCCCGAAGAUGGCCGCCGCGGCGGGGGAGGCGUGCGGGGCCGAGGCGCGGUUCAUCAGCAGCGCCAAGGGAAAAGGCCUGUUCGCCACCAAGGACAUCCGAAAAGGGGAAACGGUCUUCGUGGAGAGGCCGGUGGUGUCGUCCCAGUUCCUCUGGAACGCCCUGUACAACUACCGAGCCUGUGACCACUGCCUGAGGGCCCUGGAGACGGCGGAGGAGAACGCCCAGCGGCUGCUGGGGAAGAGCUCCCUGGUGCUGCCUCACCCUGAGCAGUGCAGCAUCCGGAAAGACCUGCACCAGCAGUGUCCCCGCUGCCAGGUGACCUACUGCAGUGCUGAAUGCAGGCAGGCUGCUUUGGAGCAGUACCACCAGGUCCUCUGCCUUGGCCCGUCCCGUGAUGACCCCACACACCCCCUCAACAAGCUGCAGGAGGCAUGGAGAAACAUGCAUUAUCCACCAGAGACUUCCAGUGUCAUGUUGAUGGCCCGGAUGGUUGCCACUGUCAAACAGGCUAAGGACAAGGAGUGGUGGAUCAAGGCCUUCUCCCAGUUCUGCAGUAAGACGGCAAAUGAAGAAGAGGAGAUCGUGCACAAGCUGCUGGGGGACAAAUUCAAGGGCCAGCUGGAGCUGCUGCGCUUGCUCUUCACCGAAGCCCUUUAUGAUGAAUAUCUCAGCAGGUGGUUCACUCCAGAAGGCUUUCGAUCCCUCUUUGCCCUCGUUGGGACCAAUGGCCAAGGCAUAGGAACAAGCUCACUCAGCCAGUGGGUUCACGCCUGCGACGCGCUGGAUCUGCCCCUGCUGCAGCGGGAGGAGCUGGACGCCUUCAUCGACCAGCUCUACAAGGACAUUGAGAAGGAGUCAGGAGAGUUCCUCAACUGUGAAGGAUCAGGUCUCUACGUGCUCCAGAGCUGCUGUAACCACAGCUGCAUUCCCAAUGCUGAGACGUCUUUCCCGGAAAACAACUUUCUUCUGCAUCUAACGGCUCUGGAGGACAUCGAAGCAGGAGAGGAAAUCUGCAUCAGCUACUUGGACUGCUGCCAGAGGGAGCGGAGCAGACACAGCCGCAAUAAGAUACUCAGGGAGAACUACUUGUUUACCUGCUCGUGUCCCAAGUGCCUAGCUCAAGCCGACGACGCCGACGUGACGUCGGACGAGGAGGAGGAGGGUGAAGGAGAGACAGAUGAUGCUGAGCUGGAGGAUGAGAUGACUGAUGUUUGAUCCCGAGCCCGGGCGAGAGGAAAGGGAAAGGGACAGGGGGGUCCUCUGAGAGGCAGCAGCUUUAAUACUAGGACAGGGUUGUGUUGUGGGGUCGGGUGGGAGGCCACGUGCCGAGGUCCGGCGGCGUGGGGCAGCGGGGGAGCUGGAGGCAGGCCCUGCUCCCCUCUGUCCUUUUUGUGUGUGUGUGAGACUGUCCCCGUCCUCCGAGGACAGGCUGUCAGCUGGUGGCACCCCUGCCACAUCCCAGUCCCUGAAGGGGCUGGCUGGUGCGUGCAGGGGUGGGGCUGGAGGGCAGUGGGAUCCGGCCAGCCCCCAUGCUGGGGUAGGGGACAUCGUGGUGGACACCUUGUGGCCACCUCCCAGGCUGCUCUGCCGUGUCUGUGCAGGCCGUGGGCACGGAGGAGCGUGUCCUUUCCUACCCACAGGGACAAGGGGAACCUGUGUGUGUGUGUGUCCGUGUGUCUGUGCACGAGGGGUACUAUUUAAUGUCUGUAUUAGCACUAUCUACACACCCAGGAGCUGAGGUCCUUAUAUAUACUCCAUUCCAUGCCUUGGCUCAGCGAGCAGCAGGGGGCAAAACGAUUUGGCAGGUGGGACAGAGACACCUUCGUGGUGGCUCAGAUGCCUGAGUGCAGGGGGGAGAGUGGGUCCCACCCUGGCAGGUGCCUCCCUCCCACCUCAGCCCCAUCCUGUACACGAUGCAAAGCCAGGAGGCCACUGCUAGCCCAGAGCCCACACCAGGGCGGUGUUGGGUAGGCCAGGCCACCAUCCAAAACCCAGAGGAUGUUUUGGGUUUUGCAGAGGGAGCCCCCAGAGGGGGGUGCAGGGACAUGGUGUGAUCCAUCCUGUGCUGCCAACCACCACCGUGCCUGUGGUGUCCCUGCCUGUGGUGUCCCUGCCUAGGGACCGUGCAGCUGGAGGGAGAAGACAACUCCAGGAAACAUCUGGGGACAUGCCUGGGGUUAUUUUCCUCCCCUCUUGGAUUCUUGGCAGCUGUUUUCCUGCGGUCUCUUCCUUUGGGCCUGUGGCAGCUGGAUUGUGGGACCGAGGGUGAGGGUGUAGAUGGAACCUCUGACGUGACCAUCACUGCCAGCCCCAAACCUCGCUGCUUGUCCCCAGCUGUCCUGGGGCCGUGUCCCCUUCAGUGUUCGUAAUAAACCGAGACUGG